CUCGUCCCCCGGUCACAGACCAGCUCCACUACUGUGAGGAUUGUUCGCCACAGACUUCUUCGCAGGUACUGUACGUAUCCAGAGCGUGUAGCGAGUUUUGGGAGUUAGUGCACACUGGGGGCAUGAGUCGAUGUUUCCAGGGGAAACUUGCCAAAAACAUGGGGCAAUUCCCCCAGUCGUAACCCGCUAAUCUCGAACUGUUCAUGUGUCUUCUACCCCAGCCAGAGGCGUUGCGAUAGCAAGCUUUCGUCACAUGUCUCAGUUACACAUGGCAGCCGGUCCAAACCUGGCGAGCAAGAUUGAUUGUGCGGCGCUCCGGAAGCCGUCUCGUUUAACACUUGCUAGUCGACGUCCCGUCACUGCUCCCCCGUGCACGAUGCAGACUGCAGACGUCAAGUUCUAUCACCAUGGUCGCUUCAAGGUUGCAGGAGGUUUAUUACCUGACGCUGUAACGGCUUAUCAGACAUAUGGGACACCAGGAAAUCCCUGUAUUGUCUUCCCUUCAUGCUAUGGAGCUAAGCUCAGGCUUGGAAGCCAGGAUUACCUUGUAGGAGAGGGAAAGGUGCUCGAUACUCGAAAGUACUACGUUGUCACGUUUGCUCUGUUCUGCAACGGAGAAUCAUCAUCUCCAUCUAACACACCUGCGCCCUACAACGGCGCCUACUUUCCCCUCAUUUCUUACGAGGAUAAUAUUCGCGCACAGUAUGCAGUUCUGACAAAGCAUCUUGGUGUCAAACAUGUCUUUUGCGCCAUCGGAUUCUCUAUGGGCGGUCAACAAGCAUACCACUGGCCAGUGGUAUACCCCGACUUUGUCGAUAGAUUUGUUGUCAUAUGCUCUUCGGCUCGAACGAGUCCCCACAAUAAGUGCUUCUUAGAAGGCCCCAAAGCAGCCAUGGUGGCUUCGAAGGACUACGAAGACGGCCAUUACAAGACGCAGCCUCAGCACGGAAUCAGGGCAUUCGCUCGUGUCUAUUGUGCAUGGGCUUACGGACAGACGUGGUUCAGAGAGCACAAGUAUCUUAUGGGCGGAGAAUUCUCGGACUUGCAUGCGUUCAUUAGGGAACGUUGGGAAGGCCGCUACCUUCAGUAUUGGGACGCGAAUGACAUGGUCGCUCUCCUGACCACCUGGCAGAACGGAGACAUCUCUACUGUCAGAGAUGGCGGAAACUACGAGCAGGCGCUGACGAACAUCAAGGCCAAAGCGCUCAUUAUGCCCUCUAAGACCGACCUAUAUUUCCCGCCUGAGGAUAGUAAAAUUGAGGUCACACAUUUGAAAGACGCCCGACUGCAUGUUAUAGACACUGUCUGGGGACACGUCGCUGGUGGAGGGGCCAACCCGGAUGAUGUCAAGUUCAUAUCCGAGAGGAUUCAGGCAUUCAUAGACGAGUAG